AUAAUCAGUGUUACUCACUUCACCUUUUAUUGUGAGUAAUCAUUGUGUGUGUGUGUGUGUACUAUGCAGUGUUCAUGAGAGCGAGACAUUUUUCUUGAUUGAUUGGUAUGUGCGUGUGUGAAGGGCGUGAUCCUGAAACUGCUCUGCUCUCAUGUGGUGGAGGGGGGGUAGUGCACACACACACACACACAGACACGCGCAUUCGUUUGGUUUGAAGUUACUACUGUAGGUGGGUAAAGCUAGUGCGUGUGAAGAAAUAUCUCAUGCUGUCAGGAGGAAGCGGAAAGCUUGUGGUGUGAUAUAUCUGAGCCGGCUCUGGGAGUGUGUGUGAGUGUGUCCUCAUGGUUCUGCUGGUCCAAAGAAGGACAUGACGCAGAACAGUUCUGCUAACGGACAGCAGGUGAAGAUCGUGAUCGUAGGGGAUGGAGGCUGUGGGAAAACCUCUCUGCUGAUGGUGUAUGCUAAAGGAGAUUUCCCUGAGACUUAUGCUCCAUCAGUGUUUGAAAAGUACAUGACAACAGUGAAACAUGGUGGGAAAGAGAUUCAGCUGAACCUGUAUGACACAGCAGGUCAGGAUGAUUAUGACCGGUUGAGGCCGCUCUCCUACCAGGAUGCAAAUCUCAUCCUGGUGUGUUAUGACGUCACAAACCCGACCAGCUACGACAAUGUGUUAAUAAAGUGGUAUCCAGAGGUGAAUCAUUUCUGCCGUGAUGUCCCUGUGAUUCUGAUUGGCUGUAAGACAGAUUUAAGAAAGGACAAAGAGAAGAUGAGGAAACUGAGAGCGCUUGACCUCGAACCAAUCACAUACAUUCAGGGAGAGGAGACACAGAGGCAGAUGAAUGCUACACUCUACCUAGAAUGUUCAGCUAAACACCGUGAGAACGUAGAAGAUGUUUUUAAAGAAGCCACUAAGCUGGCCUGGGAUCACUGUCGCAAAUCACGGCAAGCCCGAAGGAAGCGGAGGAAGUGCCAUAUAAUGUAAUAACAACAGAAGCACAUCGUCCUUUAGUUCGUGUAGCUUUAAUAUUUUCAUUUGAAUGACUGUGUAAAGACUCAGGGAAUUAAGUCAUACAUUGUAAUUAGCGUUUAUUAUAAUGGAGAAGGUCAGAAGAUAUGCUGCUAUCGGCACAUUAGCAUAUUAAUGCAAAUUAAACCAAGUGUCCUUUUACACGCUAGUGAACGUUCACUAGCACAGAUUGUACCACUUGCACAUAUUAUUGGGAAUUGAGUUCUCUCACAUCACAAACCUGAAAUACACAAAGUCUGGUGUUUUAUAUCUCAUGUUAUUAUGAUCAGAUGAUAGGGUUCAUUCUGUGGGGCGGGUGUGUUGAUGUGGUUAAGGUGUUUGGCUACUGAUCAGAAGGUUAUGAAUUCAAAUCCCAGGUCCACCAAGAUGAGACCUUCUGGGCACCUGAACAAAGCCCUUAACCCUCACUUGCUCAGAAUGAGAUAAACUGUAAGUUGCUCUGGAUAAGGACAUGCCAGAAAUGUAAAUAACAUUUAGCACUGCUACUAGUGAGGUCCCGAAUCUGAUCUACAUGACCGUUAACCAGUACAAAGAAAGCACAUUUUCUUUUGGAUGGUUAACUGAUCAGUAGGUUCUUUCUGGACCGACCUUUUUUUAUUUUAUUUUAUUUGCUUCACCAAAAAUGAGCAGCCAUGUGGAAGUGGAUGAGGGAACACAGUAAAGGUGUAGCAGGCUCAUUUGCUGCUGUCUAAUUCUGGCACAGUUGGUGCAGUGUUGAGUCACACUGCAUGGACAUUUAACACUGCCACUAUACUGCACUGGCUCAUGUACUUUCUAGGAAUAUCUAGAACCACAGCACCACCUAGUGGGUCAUUAUUGUGUCUGACCAAUCAGAAACUCAAAUUUCAUCAUGUGGCUUUAUCUUCACCAUUCAAACGCCUUCCUGGACUGAAGCCCCGCCCAAAACAAUGAUCAGUAUCUGAAAAAUUUAGCAAUAUUUGUUUAAAAUUUUUACAUGGGAAUCAUAGGUCUAAUUAUUGAUUAUUAUAUUAUUGAAUUUUUUGUAAAACAAUAUUAACUGCAUAUUGUUCUACAUAAAGCUGUCUGGUAUAUUAUUAUUAUUAUUAUUAUUAUUAUUAUUGAUAUUGUAAACAGGUAUUAUAUAAU